ACCAUUUCUUAAAAUAACAAUGCUUGCCACUUGAUGUAAACAAGUACAAUCAUAAAAGUCUGAUUGUUAUCAGCCCAUAUGUAAAACAAAAGAAAACUACUUCUCAUCAUCUGCCAUACCAAAAUUUCAUGGCGCCUACUCUUGUCCUCACAGACUUCUUACUCCUGAUAAUUUCUACUCUUUUGCUAGUUUUGUUGGUUAAGUCCUUGAGAAACUCCAAGUCCAAAGGCAAGUAUCCACCCAGUGCUCCAGCUCUACCCAUCAUUGGUCACAUCCAUCUUUUGAAAUCUGGAUUACCUACAUCUUUCGCAACUCUAGCCAGAAAAUAUGGCCCCUUAAUGCAGAUACGCUUGGGAGCUGCUAAAUUCGUUGUGGUCUCAGAUGCAAAAUCAGCUCAAGAAAUAUUGAGGACAUUUGACACUGAUUUUGCCUCCAAGUUCCAACCCGGUCCCACUAAUUACCAUAUCUAUGAAGACAGUUCUUUCGCUAAUGCUCCUUAUGGUGCUUAUUGGAAGUUCAUGAAGAAAUUAUUCAUGACCAAGCUGCUUACGGGUUCACAGCUCCAACGGUUCACCAAUAUCGGAGAGCAAGAGACAAUCAAGCUCAUAAAAUCACUGCUGAACAGGUCUAAAGCAGGGGAACCAUGUGACUUGACAGCAGAGCUGACAGAGGUGACACAUAGCACGAUUUAUAAGAUGGCAAUGGGAAGGAGAUAUUCGAACAAUCCUAGUCAAGCCGCAGAGAUCAGAAAAAUUAUUACAGUUACCUUGAAAUAUGCAGCAAAGUUUCAUUUAGCAGAAGUGUUUGGUCCUUUGCAGAAAUUUGACCUCUUUGGUAAAGGAAAGAGGCUUAAUUUGACCCUAAAGGGUUACGAUCAGUUGAUCGAGCAGAUUAUGAAGGAUUAUCAAGAUAAUGAUCUGAAGUACAACUGUGAAAAUGAUGAUGAGAAAGAUGUGAUGGAUAUUUUGUUGGAGACUUACAAAGACGCAGAUGCUGAAGUGAAGUUGACUAGGGAUCAGAUCAAGAACUUUUUCAUGGAAUUAUUUAUGGCUGGUGUGGAUACAACAGCAGCGGUAAUUCGAUGGGCUAUGGAGGAGCUUAUCAACCAUCCCAACAUAUUCAAAAUCCUUAGAGAAGAGAUAGACUCAAUUGUGGGGAACAACAGACUCAUCAAAGAAUCUGAUGUGCCGAAACUCCCUUACCUGCAAGCGGUAGCGAAGGAAAUCCUAAGACUACACCCUCCAUCGCCCUUUCUCCGUCGACUUUCAAACAAAGAUAGCAAGAUCAACGGCUUUGAUAUCCAGAAAGGGACUAGAGUUUUCAUCAACGUCUACAUGUUAAUGAGGGAUCCCAAUUGCUAUAAGGAACCUGAAAAGUUCAUGCCUGAGCGGUUCUUAGGCAACUGUACUGAAAUGAAGGGCCGGGAUUUUCAUUAUCUUCCAUUUGGCAGGGGAAGGAGAGGUUGCCCUGGUGCCUCCCUUGCUAAGUCCCUAUUGCAUGCCACGAUUGGAGCCCUUGUUCAAUGCUUUGAUUGGAAAGUAAAAGAUGGGGAGAAAGCUGAUACUGAAGCAACGGGAACAGGUUAUUCGGGUGCAUUUGCAUCUCCUCUCCCGUGCUAUCCCAUUACCCGUUUUGAUCCAUUUCAGGAAUGAGCCCAAAGAUCUGAAAACUUGUUUGAUUUGCGUUUAUUAAUCUAAUUGUUUCUGUUCCUGUUUCAUUCGAUCAGAUUAUAUUACCCGUUGAAUUAAGUAAAAGAAAACUGUAUUGAUUGAAAAAUGCACUUGAAUGUUGAAUAGGACAAUUCAGUGAUGGCAAUAUUUUAAUUUGUCCGGCACAUUUUUCAACAGUAGAUAAA